AUGCGGGUGUUCGACGGGAAGAGGGGGAGGAAGCAGCCGAAGAGGAAGUGUGUUGACUUCAACUCCUCCUCUCUCGCCCACCUGCACUCCCGCGUUCUCUUCCGCGACUACCGUGACCUGCAAGACAUCCAGCCGUCUCUGGCCUACGACAAGAAGCUUCGCCCUGCCUACUCCUGCCAUGAAAACCCUGCGAGCUGCGUGACCACGAAGCUGGCAGACACAUCGGUGAACAAGAACAACGCCUACUCCCAUAGAUGCCCCGUAUUCGCCAUCGCGUGGACCCCCGAAGGUCGAGGGCUGGUAGCAGGGAACUCGCAAGGGGAGUUCACGUUAUGGGACGGUUACGAGUUCAACUUCCUCACCAUCUGGCAGGGGCACGAUCAGUCUGUGCAGUCAAUGACUUGGAGCCACAACGGAGAGUUCAUGGUGUCAGCAGACAAGACGGGGCUGAUCAAGUACUGGAUGAACAACAUGAACGAGGUCAAAAAGUUCCAGGGGCAUAAGGACUCGAUCCGAUCGAUCAGCUUCUCGCCCUCAGACCUCAAGUUCGUCACGGGAGGAGACGACUGCGUGCUCAAGAUCUGGGACUUCGAGACGGGCACGGAGGAGCGGGCGAUCACUGGGCACCACUGGGAUGUCAAGUGCUGCCAUUGGCACCCUUACAAGCCACUGAUCCUCUCGGGAGGGAAGGACCACAAAGUGAAGCUCUGGGACGCGAGGAGCGGCAGCUGCCUGGACACCAUCCAUGCGCACAAGAACACGGUGAGAGCGUGCGAGUGGAGCUCCAACGGCAACUGGUUCUUCACGGGAGGCAGAGACCAGAAAGUGAAGCUGUACGACCUGCGCAGAACCAACGAAGCCGUGCUGACGUUCAACGGGCAUAAGAACGAAGUCACUUCGCUUGCUGUCCAUCCCUUCUAUGAGACCCUCUUCGUCACGGGCGACUACAGUGGUUCCAUCCUCUACUGGUCCACCAACAGCGACGAGCCCAUCGCUGCCCGUCAGAGUGGAGAGCAGGGAGCGCAUGAAGCAUGCAUCUGGUCCCUCGCCUGGCACCCUCUUGGUCACAUCCUCUGCAGCGGCGCCAAUGACCACACUUGCAAGUUCUGGUGUCGCAAUCGUCCUGGUGAAGGAACGAUCGCGGCAUGCCUCGAAGGGGGGACGAUGGCGCGCCUGAUGGCCCGGGGCGGAUGGGCGGCGACAGACAAGGAAUGGAGGUGA